GCUGAGCAGUGGAUUGGCCUAGAACCGACUUGCUCGCUUCCUAUUGGCUGCGCGCAUACUUCUGUCCAGCAGCUGAUGGUGCGGGUUUGGUUGUGCGGCAGAGCAGUGCUGAGGAGGGGUUCCCACGUGUGUGUGUGUGACUUGGCCUGCAGGAGGGAUCGCCUGCCCCUGUGGUAUCGGUACCUGGAGGAGAAGGACAAGGAAUUUGGAACCGUGUGCAGCGUAGAGCACAACCCUGUGUCCCACUCCUCAAAAGAAUAUGGAAGGAGCAGGAGCCGGGGAUGGUGGAGGUUCUGGGCCCCCCAACCCUGAGCCAGAAGGAGCACAGGCACAAGCUGUAGAGCUUCAUGAGGAUGAGGAGAUCAUCGAGGUGCUAGAGCUGAAUGAUGCAGAACCAGAUCCAGAUGAUCUUGCCAGCGACAUGGAGGAUGUGGAUUUUGCAGAUGAUCCUGAAGAUGGGGAUAUGGCUGAUAAUGAAGAGUGGGAGACAGAGGAUGAGGGAGUAGAAGAAGGAACAGACCCUCAUGACGACAGUGAGCUGACAUUCUCAAAACAUACAGCCUCUGUGUUCUGUGUCAGCCUUGACACCAAGGAGAGCGCUCUAGCAGUGACAGGGGGAGAGGAUGACAAGGCUUAUGUGUGGCGCCUUAGUGAUGGAGAGACUCUGUUUGAGUGCACAGGUCACAAGGAUUCUGUUACUUGUGCCAUUUUCAGCCACGACUCCACGAUGGUGGCCACAGGAGACAUGAGUGGUCUGAUCAAGGUGUGGAAGGUGGAAGGGGCACAUGAGAUCUGGUCUGUCGAGGUGGGAGAUUUAGAGUGGCUGGAAUGGCACCCUUGUGCCCAUGUGUUGCUGGCUGGCACAGCUGAUGGAAAUACCUGGAUGUGGAAAAUACCCAGUGGCGAGUGUAAGACCUUCCAGGGCCCCAGCUGCCCAGCUACUUGUGGGCAGUUCAUGCCUGAUGGAAGGAAAGCUGUAGUGGGCUAUGAAGAUGGAAGUGUGCGGAUAUGGGACCUGAAACAAGGAAGUGCCCUUCAUGUCCUCAAAGGCACAGACGGACACACCGGUCCUCUCACAUGUGUGGCUUCUAAUAAUGAUGGCAGCCUCGUACUAACUGGUUCAGUAGACUGUGACACAAAGUUGGUGAACACUGCAACUGGCAAGGUUGUUGGAGUUUUCAAGACAGAAAGCAAUGUGUCCAAGGCCACAAGACGGGAAGAUGGAGAAGCAGAGUCCAACUCAGUGGAGUCUUUAGGCUUCUGCAAUGUCCUUCCCCUGGCUGCGGUUGGUUAUCUAGAUGGCACAUUGGCUAUAUAUGACCUCUCCUCUCAAAGCCUGAGACACCGGUGCCAGCAUGAGUCGGGAAUUGUCCAGCUCCUAUGGGAACAGAACUCGCCUGUGGUGUACACCUGUAGCUUGGAUGGAGCUGUCAGAUUAUGGGACUCGCGUUCUGGCAAAAUGAUUAGUGAAUAUUGUGGGCACACAGCUGAAAUUCUCGACUUUGCUCUGAACAAAGAUGCUACUAUUGUGGUGACGGCGUCAGGGGAUCAUCAGGCUAAAGUGUUUUGUGUGCAGCAGCCAGAUCGCUAGACGCGUCUCCUUUACACCCUUAUAGGAACAUCGUGAGCCGCUGCUGUAAUCUUUCCUACAUAUAUAUGUGAGGAUGUGUGUGCAAAUAUUUCUUUACGUGUAUAUACACACCUCCAGAAGCCACAGCAUCCCUUCUAUCACUCUUUUAUAUGGUGUAACAAGCAGAACUGCACGGAAACACAAUCUUUUUAAUUUUUAGUUCCGUUACACGCGAACCUCAUUGAUCUCCAAGAAAAAGAAUAUUUUAUUUGCCCAGAAAGCUGUGGGAAGUGAUGGUGCAGUUCUGUGCAAACUGACGCAUGUGAUGAAUUUGUGGCAUCAAAAGCUAAUGCUGAAGUGGCUGCCCAGAUAACCAUUAAUAUAUUUUAUGGCCAUAGACAAUGGUGAUAUGCCAGCAAAGUCGGUAAGCAGGUGCAUGCAGCAUGCUGAUUGGUUACUUAAUGUAAAUAUUUGCAGCCAUGCUGGAGACAGCCACCAUUGGGUUGGAAUGUGGAGGGCAGAUUGUAUGUUUAAGGCUUGUUUACAUUGCAGCCAAUCAGCAUCCUAAGGCAUAUGUAUACAUGGAGAGUAUAUUUGCAAAAUAAUGCAGUGGGUUAAAACCGCUUGAAUAAACGCUCAUAUGUAGGGCACAGUUAUUUAUGCAUUUGAAAAGUGCUCAAAACUCAUCUCAAAUGCAUUUAUGUAGGUUGCAGUUAAUGAAUGACAGAAAAUCAGCACAGUGUCUUGUCUCUCAUGGGUGGGAACCUGGAAAGAGAUGGGGGGUCGCUAUCAGGCAACUUGCCCUAACUAUUAAUAUUAUAAUAAAGGAAAAUAUUUUACCUGUA